AUGACUAAUAAUCUAGAAUUACGACGGCCUAUAAAUGUAAUACUAACAAAUGCUCAUAUAUAUCAAUUAUCUCACAAUAACACUGAUAAUACUAAUAGGAAUGGCAAACGUUAUUUCAAAAUAUACAAAAAUGGUGUUAAUAACAAUAAAUACAAUAUUGAAGACGAAGAAGAUACUUUUAGCACUGAAUUUAGGCCAGAUAUAUUAUUUUUUAGCUUACUAGCCUUGCAAGAUUCAAUUGUAAAUAUGAAGAAACUUCUAAAUGUGUUUAUCAUCACGAAUGAUAAAUUAGUCAUUAGGGUAUCAAAUAUAUUCAGAAUUCCUAGAACAUAUAAUUUAUUUUUAAAGGUCAUAAAUAUGUUAUUUAACUCAGAAAAUCGUAUUCUUAAGGCGUCUGAAUCUGAUGAUAUUUUGUUAGAAAUUUUGCCUAAACCACUCAGUGAUUAUGUCACAAAUGGGACCAAUAUUAAUAUUACAGAUGAAGGAUUUCUUGUCGAUUUAAGAAAGUUAUUAAUUUCUAAAUCAGACGUUAUAAACAAUAUCUCCUUUACAUUUUACAUCAAUGCUGGACCAGAUAUGCCAUAUAAUAUAAUUGCUGAUGAAUGUAAAAUAGACGAUUAUCGCAAUAAAAAAUCGCUGUCAAUAGAAGAACAAAAACUAAUUAAGUUAAUUAACGGCAGUGAAUCAAUUGUCAAUGAUAAUGAAAAUAGUGUAAACAUAUCAUUGUCAAAAAUCAAUCUCACAGCUUCUGCCAAAUGCUUUAAAUUGGUAUGUGAUUUGGAACAUGUAUUUAAUUUGUAA